AGCUUCAUCAAAAUAAAAAAAAAAAUAUCUCCCGAAGAAAACGAAAACAUGAAAAGUUUUCUAAAAAGUAGUGUUUUAGUAAAAAGUAAUAAAAAACAACAAAAUGAAAAAAUCUUUAACAUUUUAACCUACACUUUAGUGGCUAUUGUUAUUUUCGGUGGAGUUUCACUUUUGUGGGAUCUCUUCGAAGAAAAAAAACACUCAGCCAAUGGAUUUUCAAACAAAAAAGUUUCCCUCGACAUUUCGAGAAUUUCCGAGUUUGUUUUAGAAGAUGAUGCUGAAUUGGCUCGUGGUAGGAAUCUGAAUUGUUCAUUUUGGGAUUGUUUUAAUGUCUAUCGUUGUGGGCAACGUGAACAAGAUAGAAUUACAAUUUAUGUCUAUCCACUUACUGAAUAUGUGGAUCAGGCAUCGAAACAAGCUUUCACCUUGACUCAGGAAUAUCAUGAGAUUUUGAAAGCAAUUGUAGAAAGUCCCUAUUACACUCCAAAUCCAAAUGAAGCUUGUCUAUUUGCUCCAAGCAUUGAUACACUCAAUCAAAAUCUAUUAGAUACCAAAUUGGUUGGAAAAGCUUUGGCUUCAUUAAACUAUUGGGAGAAUGGAGAGAAUCAUAUUCUCUUCAAUAUGCUUCCGGGUGGGUAUCCUGAAUUUAAUCGGGUUAUGGAUGUGAACACUGACAAAGCGUUGAUUAUGGGAGGUGGCUUUGAUUCAUGGAGCUAUCGUGUGGGCUUUGAUAUAUCCAUUCCCGUAUGGAGCCCCCGUUUAGUUAGUCACAGUCAUGUCGUCAGUCAUGGGGAAAAGAAAUUCCUCCUGAUUGCUGCUCAGCUAAACAUGCUCCCUCAGCAUAUUAGACUUUUACGGGAUUUGGCUGAUGAACUUGGUCAAUAUGUGUUACUUCUUUCGACUUGUCCACAGAAAGAAGUCGAUGAAAUGACUGAAAAUCAAAGAAUAAACACAAGUAUUCGAUGUAGUUUGCCCAAAGGCAAACGUCAUGAUUAUCCUCGAGUUCUAGGCAAAGGAACAUUUUGCCUUAUUGCUCGUAGUGUUCGAUUAGGGCAAUCGGAUUUGCUCGAAAUUAUGGCGCAUAAUUGUAUACCGGUUAUUAUGGCUGAUAAUUAUAUUCUUCCCUUUAAGGAUGUCAUCGACUGGGAACUUGCCUCAAUUCGCAUUCGUGAAGCAGAUUUACAUUCCAUUAUGGACAAGUUGCAAUCAGUUUCUGCAGAAAAAAUCCAUGAACUUCAAGAACAAGGCAAAUGGUUGUAUGAACGUUAUUUCAAAGAUCUCUCAACCAUUACAAGAACGACAUUGGAUAUACUCAAUGAUAGAGUUUUCCCCCAUUUGGCAAAGACUUCACUUCAGUGGAACACUCCUUACAACUAUAAAGCAAGUCAUAAUCCUCUAUUCCUGCCAUUGAUUGCAUCAAAAACUCAAGGAUUCACAGCGGUUAUUCUAACUUACGAUCGCGUAGAGAGCUUGUUUACUCUGAUUCAAAAACUUGCCAUAGUUCCAUCGCUUCAGAAAAUCUUAGUUGUUUGGAAUAAUCAGAAGAAGUUACCACCUCUUCCUUCAAUGUUUCCAAAAAUACUUAAACCAUUCAAAGUAAUUCAAACGAGGGCAAAUAAGUUGUCGAAUCGAUUCUUUCCAUAUGACGAAAUAGAAACAGAGGCUAUUUUAACCAUUGAUGAUGAUAUUGUUAUGCUGACUGCUGAUGAACUUGAUUUUGGUUAUGAAGUUUGGCGAGAAUUCCCCGAUCGUAUUGUUGGCUUCCCAAGUCGUAUUCAUGUUUGGGAUAAUGUCACACUUCGAUGGCGUUACGAAUCCGAAUGGACAAAUCAAAUAUCCAUGGUUUUAACUGGUGCAGCAUUUCAUCAUAAAUAUUGGAGCUACAUGUAUACCAAUGCCAUGCCAGGUGAUAUAAAAGAUUGGGUCGAUGAACAUAUGAAUUGCGAAGAUAUUGCAAUGAAUUUCCUUGUGGCAAAUAUUACAAAUAAGCCACCUAUUAAGGUGACACCACGUAAAAAAUUCAAAUGUCCCGAAUGUACAAAUACUGAAAUGUUAUCGGCCGAUUUGAAUCAUAUGAUGGAACGAUCGGCAUGCAUUGAUCGUUUUGCUAAAAUCUAUGGCAGUAUGCCAUUGCAAAGUGUUGAAUUUCGUGCUGAUCCUGUGCUGUAUAAGGAUAAUUUCCCAGAGAAACUGAAGCGUUUCAAUGAUAUUGGUAGUUUGUAAGGAGGGUGUUUUGUUCUCAAACACAGACAAAACACACAAAAUCGUAGUUUAAUUAAAUUAACCAAAUAUUAUAAGUAAGUAAUUAGUAGAAUUUUAGAAUUAUAUAUAAUAUCUGUUAGGCAAGACAAUUUACAUACUCACAUUGUGGUUAAAUGAUGAGAUUAUUUGAAAUUAAAUAUUAUUAAUGCUCAA